AUUCAGACCAGGCGAAGCAGUAUGGAGCAGUGAGCCUGCAAACCACCACCAUGCAUCCGAUGCCCCGUUACACCGAGCUGUAGCGCCCACUUUUUUUAAAUAGUAGUUUAGCUGCAUAGAGUUUAGGAGCGUGCAGGAGGAAAAAUGAGUCCACAGUGUAUUGUUGCUUUUUGUUUGGCGUUAGUUUUUCUUGCUGGGCUGAGCAGUUCUUGCCCUGCACAAUGCAGCUGCUUCUUCCACAAACUAAGCGAUGGAUCAAAAGCAAGGAGUGUUCUCUGCAACGAUCCAGAGAUCACUGUGGUUCCUCCAAAUUUUCCCAUCGACACAUCAAAGCUACGCAUCGAAAAGACAGCUAUCACACGGAUUUCAAGUGACAACUUCCACUACCUCAACAACCUGGAGUUCUUGUGGAUGUCUUUUAAUUCACUGAACCUGUUGAAUGUGGACAGUUUCCGAGGUCUUUACAACCUGGAUGAGCUCCGGCUGGAUGGCAACUCCCUCACCUCCUUCCCAUGGGAGUCUCUAACUGACAUGCCAAACCUGAGGCUCCUCGAUCUCCACAACAACAAGAUCUCCACCAUCCCCGCAGAGGCCAUCGUGAACAUAAAGAACAUCACCUAUCUGGACUUAUCCAGCAACAGCCUCAACACCAUUCCUGCUGAUGUUCUCACUAUGUGGCUGAGUGUGAAGCCAUCGCAGGACAGUGAUUCUUCCAAACUAAUUCUCGGUCUUCAUGACAAUCCAUGGCUGUGUGACUGCCGGCUGUACGAUCUUGUGCAGUUUCAGAAAUCUCCGUCAUCAUCCGUGGCUCUCAUUGACACCAGGCUGAGGUGUGCUGAUCCGGAGAGCUUAUCAGGAGUUCUUUUCACAGAAGCGGAGCUGCAGAGGUGCCAGGGCCCUCGGGUACACACCGCUGUGGCUCGUGUUCGAAGCUCUUUGGGCAACAAUGUCCUGCUGCGCUGCGGCACAGUUGGAGUCCCCAUCCCUGAGCUGUCCUGGAGUCGUGCCGAUGGAAAGAAAAUGAACGGCACAGUUCAGGAAGAGAUUUCAAAGGAGGGCAUCAUUUGGUCAAUUCUCAGCGUGCCUGCUGUCUCGUACCGGGAUUCUGGGAAAUACGUGUGCAAAGCAACAAACUUUGUGGGCACCGCAGACGCCAUCAUCUCCUUGGUGAUCACAGAUUCUAUUAGAUCAGAAGAAGCUGGUGGUGGUGGUGGUGUUGGUGGCGUUUCUAAGCGAACCAGAGGGAAGAAACCUGGUGGCAUUGGAAGAGCAGCAUACCAAGAGAAACUUAUUGCCAGAUAUGUUCCUCCACCCACCACCACUGCUGCGCAACCCAUCAUUGAACCUCUCAACGGCAAAAGCGCCACCGGGAAGUAUGAGAUCGAGAGCUACAGUGUCUCUGAUGAUGCCUCUCCAGGGCGAGGAAAGGGUUCAGACCCUCAGAAACCACUGGAUUUCCAGAGGGAUGGUCUGAGUAACUUAGCAGCCAAUGCCUCUUCUCUACAGCAAGCUCCUGAGAAAAGGAUUGUGCGUUCAGUGAAGGUGAUUGGUGACACCGAUCACACUGUCUCCCUGAACUGGCGAGCCCCGACAGCCACAAACACAACGGAAUUCAGUGUCCUAUAUGCUGUAUUUGGUGAGAGGGAUAUGCGCCGAAUCAAUGUAAGCGCCGGAAAGAAUCGGAUCACCAUUGACAGCCUUGUACCAAAGACAAAGUACAUUGCCUGUGUUUGUGUCAAAGGCCUGAUCCCAAAAAAGGAGCAGUGUGUAAUCUUCUCAACAGACGAGGCGGCCAGUGCCAGUGGCACCCAGAAGCUCAUUAAUGUGGUGGUGAUCACGGUGGCAUGUGUGAUCGCCGUUCCUCUCACCCUGAUUGUGUGUUGUGGGGCCAUAAAGAAGCGCUGUAAAAAGCUGCUGGGGCAGCAGUCCAAGGAAGUUCAAGACUCUUAUGUCACAUUUGAGACCCUUGGCCCCGGGGGCAAAGCUAAAGGGAUGGAGGGGGAGUAUCUGACCAGGCUAAAUCCUGAUGAAUCCAACAGGUUGCUCUCAGCGAGGUCCAGUGUUGACUCAGAAGCAACAGUUAGGACUGAGGGGCCACCCAAUGAGUACUUCUGCUAAAACCCAACGUUUGCCACAACAUCCAGAGGAUGCACUUUGUUUUCUAUCAGCUUGUGAUGUAAAUAGGUACACGUCUCUCCUCGGAGACGUAAAGAUCCUCUUUUGAGGGUCUUUAGAGGAACUGACAGCUCUGUCAGCAUUGGAUGUAUGGAAUUAUUUUACAGCCUUGUGGGACUAAAAAACACCUUUCAAUAGGUGGGUAACAAAAAAGGGAAAAUAAACACAUUGACACAGUUUCAAUCUCUACGUGCAGUGAGAUACCAAUAAGCUUUUUUUUUAUACACCAUGCACUUUUACAGCCGAUAAUUAGUAGAGGAACAUGUCUGAAAAUGGUGCCCUACUCUUUCAAAUACCCAAUCAGUUUUGUUGUUUUCCAUGAUGUAACCUCUGCACUG